ACUCUAGCUGUAUAGCAUCGCUCGCAAGAGAGCACUCUUAGCAGUAGAGAUCCAAGUUCUUUUGGUAACUAGAUUGAUCAAUCUAGAUCGCAGUCGGUUUAGGGAGGUGUGGUGCGGUUCCUGAUCGGUUGAUACCGAUUAAUUGUUUACAGCCGGUUGCAGCUAGAGCACCAUGAUCCCGGGCUCGGCCGUGUACCAUGUCGUGGAGGCGAUGGCGCCGCUGUACACGGCGGCGGUGCUGGGCUACGCGUCCGUGCGGUGGCUCAAGGCCUUCUCCGACGAGCAAUGCGCGGGCAUCAACCACUUCGUCGCGCUCUACGCCGUGCCGGUGCUCAUCUUCCACAUGGUCUCCACCAACGACCCCUACCACAUGAACGAGCGCCUCAUCGCCGCCGACACGCUGCACAAGGCGGUCAUGCUGCUCGCCCUCACGGCGUGGGCACUCUGGGCCGUCUUCCGCAGGCGCAGGGGCGACGAGAAGGAGGCGGCGCCGCCGCCGCUGAAGUGGGUGGUGACCAACUUCUCCGUGGCGUCGCUGCCCAACACCAUCAUCAUGGGCGUGCCGCUCCUCAACGGCAUGUACGGGCCGGUGUCGGGCGGUCUCAUGAAGCAGAUCGUCGUUAUGCAGUUCUGCAUCUGGUACAACGUCGUCAUUUUCCUGUACGAGUUCAUGGCGGCGAGGGAUGACGGAGCCAAGAUCAGCCCUGAGUCACCCGUGGCGGUGGUGGAGAAGUCCGCGCGUGACCAGAACGGCGGCGAUGUUUCGGCCGAGGGGAGUCGUUACGAGGUGGCCGUAAACAUUGAGAUCACGGAGGUGGCGUCGGCUGCGCCGUCGUCCACGGCACAAGACAGCGUCGAUGUGGCCGACACUACGGCGGUCGCCAAGGAGGUGAGCACAGGUGUCACGAUGGAGGUUUCGCGGCCUGCUGCGCCCGCGGUGAUGCACGUCGUAUGGAUGGCAGGAAAGAAGCUUCUCAAGAUUCCGAAUACCUAUGCGAGCUUCCUUGGCCUCAUCUGGUCUCUAAUCGCAUUCAAGGCUGAUAUCAAGAUGCCAAAAAUUAUCGACAACUCUCUGUUCAUCAUAUACACAACCGCCGUUGGGCUAAGCAUGUUCGCUUCAGGGACGUUCAUAGCGCGGCAAUCACGGUUUGUUCCGUGCGGGUAUAAAGUUGCGUCGCUCUCCAUGGUGCUCAAGUUCUUGAUAGGGCCGGUGGUCAUGCUGCUCGCCUCGCUCGCCAUCGGAAUGCAUGGCACCCUUCUGCACAUUGCUGUCGUACAGGCGGCUCUCCCCCUGGCCGUAACUUCGUUCGUGUACGCCGAGGAGUACAAGGUCCACGCGGACAUCAUGAGCACUGGGGUUAUUCUUGGGAUAUUUAUAUCUCUACCCGUUACCAUUGUGUACUAUAUUUUGCUGGGGCAGUAACGAAUCGAAGGUUCUACUAGAUUAAGCCAAAGGGUUCAUAUGCAUGUGCAAAAAUAGCUAUUGGAAGGCAGCAUGAACUCAGAAUGGUCGAUGGACAGCGCAAGACAAAUGUGACCGAUGCUGUCAAAACUUCGCAAUGUACAGCAAGUGUAGCAGACGCAAAUUAAGUUGUAGCUAGCGCGAAAUUAAUUUGCGAUUCUUGUAAUGUCUUUUCAACCUCGUGAACCAAUAAUGAACCCAAUACAGCACACUCUGUUCAUUUGAACAUCUAGAAGAGCCGGCAACGGCAAGCGAUGUCCGCAAGAGGAAUGUAUGGCGCGCUCUCUUUUUGUUGCAAUUUACACACAUACUCUGAAGACAGAG